AUGUUUCGUCGGGAACUCGAACUGUGGCUUAGACUGAAACACGCGGCUAUCGUGCCGCUACUUGGCAUCGCAAACGUCGACUCUCCAUUUCCAGCUCUCGUUUCCCAAUGGAUGGCGUCUGGGACGUUAUAUAUGUAUUUCGAGCAAGGUACGAUUGCCCUUUCCUCUAAAGUCAAAUUGGCGAGUCCCUCACUGACCAGCCGCUCAUCGAUUCUAUGCCACCAGGCCAUGGGCGUUGCUAAUGGCCUCAAGUAUCUUCACUCGAAGAAUGUCGUUCACGGAGACCUUCAUCCGGCGAAUGUGCUCAUAGAUGAUUCUGGAAAUGCACGUCUCACGGAUUUCGGUCUCGCAACAGUCGCAGGGGGCAUGGAGUUGCAGUUGUCCGCAUCGACCGUGAGCCGCGAGUUGGAUUCUCGAUGGGGUGCGCCUGAAGUCAUUCGAAUCGAGGAUGAUCGUUGUCCUGAAAGGCCUAAUUUCAAGAGUGAUAUCUAUUCAUUUGGUAGUAUCAUGUUCUUUGUGCGAUCUCUGUAUCUUCUGCAGCUCUAUCCUAAGUGUUUCUCUCUCAGAUCGUCUCAGGGAAUGUACCAUGGAAAGAGAAGAAAUCCUCUCAAAUCUGUAUCGCAUUGUCAAAGAGAACCAUACAUGCGCGUCCCGACAACAUCCUUGACGAUCAUUGGGACUUGA